UGCUAUCUUCUAUCUCAGCUGCUCAUGCAAGGGGAUGUAUUAUCAAGAUGGCAGAUAACAGUGAGAUGCGUCCAUAUACGGCUGAGUAGACAUGUUGGACUAUAAGAAUCUAGCCCCUUGCAUUGGUUUACCAUGUUACUAUGUCACUGAAUACCAUUCUUGAGUACAUCGUGACUUUAGUGUAAUUAUCUACCCUAACUCAACUUCAAGAUGCAAUACGAGGAAAACACAGUGUAUCCUCCGGGGACAGUCCCCUUGAUUCAGUUCCAGGAAGCUACGAGUACAAGGAAAGGUGUCGCAUUAUUUCCACAACCAUCAGACGAUCCGAACGAACCUCUGAACUGGCCAAAAUGGCGCAAAGUGGUAAACAUGGCUUUGAUUUUUGGCAUGACGAUGGCCGCAUUCACCAUGCUCAUGGUACAAACAGUCUUCUGGCAGCAGAUGGUCAUAGACUUGGACGUCGACACUACUGACCUAACCAACGCACAAUCAGCACAGUUAGCGGGACUGGCCGUAGGGUGUCUCUUUUUCAUUCCACUCACAGUCAAGUACGGCCGGCGUCUUACCUAUUUAGUCUCGAUCGCUGCUAUGGCCGCAAGCUCGUGGUGGAUGGCUUAUAUGCACACAAAGACCGAGUUGAUUGUGUCCAGUAUACUAGCAGGGCUAUCUGGAGCGAUCAAUGAGACCGCAGUGCAGAUGACGAUCGCGGACCUAUUCUUCGUCCACCAGAGGGGUGCCGCUGUUGCAGUCUAUUUCGUUGCCGUUAAUUUUGGUAGCUUCUUGACUCCCCUCGCAGCCGGAACACAGGCUGCCGUCCAGGGCUGGCGAUCGUCUUACACUGCGCUGUCUAUCUCAUUGACUGUCUUGUUCGUAGCCUAUAUCUUCUGUUACGAAGAAACAAAAUACAUACCUAUAUCGACAGGUCGAUGUGUAGUCGAUGCGAACGAGCAAAACUCGAUUCGAGGAGAAGACAAGCUUAGGGUCACCGACGAUGAAAGGAAAGCCAUUGACACUCUUCGGAAGACCGACUCAGCCGCCUACAUGGCGCCUGUCAUGAAUACCUACCACCAACGAAUGCGACUACUCACGCCCACAGGCGAAUCACUUUGGAAGAUCUUCAUUCUCCCUCUGGGCACCAUCAUACUGCCCCACGUCCUUUUCACUGCAAUUCAAUUUGCCGCAGGGGUUGCUUGGCUGGUAAUUCUUAUGACUGCGACAUCGAUUGUCUUCUCUGCACCUCCUUACAGCUUUAAUACAGCUGGCGUGGGUUAUAUGACACUAGGACCAUUCGUUGGCAAUGUUUUGGGCAACAUUUGUGGUGGGCCUGUGUCUGACUGGCUAGUCAUACGAGCAGCACGUCGGCAGGGCAGACUGUUUGAGCCAGAGAUGCGACUCUAUCCUCUAAUCAUUCCAGUACUUUCUAUUUCUGGUGGUUUGAUUAUGUUCGGCACAACAGCCGCUAGAGGCAUGCACUGGAUUUUCCCAAGUAUUGGUGGUGCGGUUUUUGGCUUUGGUCUUGGUGCAAUGGGAGAGAUUACGUUUACACUUGUUGUCGAUACAUAUCUUGAGCUCACUGCCGAAGCUUUUGUUGGCAUUGCCUUCCUCCGAAAUGCUAUCAAUAUUGGUAUACCCUCGGCACUUGUACCUUGGCUGACUGCAAUGGGGCUCAGUAAUAUGUACAUCUUGGCUGGUUGCAUUGCACUUGCCGUUGGUUUACUCCACGUGCCUCUGAUAAUCUGGGGCAAAAGGAUCCGCAUCGUGUUGGCGCCUCGCUACCAAUCUUUGGUUGCAAAAAAGCAGCCGGCUCAGCUGUAGCGGAAAAGAGUGGGAUUGUCUGGCAUAGCUAUGCAGGAAUGGACGGUACGCAAAGAGGAGCAAGGUGCUGGAUACGAUGACUUCUUUGUGACAUAGUAUAGAAAUGAUAUGGCCUCAGUAAAUGGCGGCACUGCCCGUCCCUUGUCGUUUGCAUAUAGCGAGUCCCCAUUAUCAGCAACCCUUGCGGUGCCAAGUGAGGAACACCAUACGACAUAAAGCCAAAGAUACAUAGUACAGAACGG